CAGGAAAGUCGAUGGCAUUGGGCAUCCAUUUUUAGAGUUCUCUUUGCUUUAUCGUUUCUUUUCUUCUAACAAGAUGUUUCCAGGAGUAAAAUGUUGCUUCAAUGAAACUUUGUUUAGUUGCAUUUCUCCAGCUCCAUAGGGAGGACGCGGCAAGGUUGCGCGCGCGCGUCGGGUUAAACAGCGUGAAGAAAGCAAAGCGCACAGUGGGAGGAGGUGGAGGAGAAGAAGGACUCAUGAGACACAGAUCUGAAGAUUUUGGGAGUUAAUUGUCCGCUUUCGGGGGGUUUGUAUUCACUUGUGUGGAUUAUCGAUGUAAAUACAUGAGUUUUUACGCAGGGGAAGAGGAAGUUAGUAACUUUUCUACACACUUUUUGAGUCACCACCACAGUGCCACUUUGGUCUAGGCUGAGUGAAAGGGAAACAACCACCUGCAGGGCGCAUUACUGGCCCAAACUGUUACUGCAGGAUGGGCAACUUUUCCACUAAGGACAGCCAUGGACCCACAGUGGUCCAUGUAGAGAGCUUCCACACUCCACCGUCUUCUCCACAGAGUGAUGGGGAUGGUUUGAUGCCCAUGGUUUCCCAGCUUCAACCUUCCCCUGCUUCAUCUCCAUCUCCAGCUCCAACACUAACCAUCGUAUCAUCCAGUGGGAAGAAAUCACAAAACAGCACCCCAACUUCUCCCAGCACUCCUAUUCCACCUCCUGACUGGAAGCCUCCUCAACCAGUCAGCCCAAACAACCCCACAGUUGGUCCUGGAGUUAACCCUGUGCACAAGAAUUCAAGAAGUACUGUCACAGGUGCAGGGCAAGCUUCCCUGGGGAGGAAUAGUAGUUCUGCAAUCUCUACACCAAGGACUUCAGUCUCCCAAGUUAAGAGUGUGGCCAUCAGUCCUAUAAAGAGUCCUUCCUCCGUGUUUAGCACCUCACCUCCAACCAGCUCUUCUGGGAAGAAGUGGAAAGAAAGAAGCAGUAGUCUAAGUCAGUCAAGUCUUCAAGACAAGGACACCCAGGGCAAGGAGUUGGUGGAGCUGUUGGAGGAGAGUAGAAGAACACUGGGUAUUACUGCCAGUCAGGAUGAGACCACAAGCACAACAGAGAUACUGAAGCAUCUGCUGACAGAAGUGAAGGGUUUAAAGAAUACUUUGCAGACGGAACGUGGGGAAUGGUUGCAGUUCCAGGCAGACCUCCAGGUUGCUGUGUCAGUAGCAGACCGUCUGAGAGCCGAGGCAGAGGAAGAGCUGGCGGCACUCAGAACUGCCCACAAAGACACUGAAAGGGAGCUGGCUGCUGCCCAGCAGAGACAGAAGGAGGCUGAUAUGCAGCUAGUCACCCUGCGAGGAGAGCUGAAAGAGAGCAAGCGAAGACUGGCUACACUCACCCAGGCUCCAUGUCAGGAACCAGGGAGACCCAGCGGAGAAUCCCACAAGUCUGAAAGCAAAGCUGGAACGGAAAGAGUAGGAGAAGGGGUGGAAAUUAGAAGUAUUGUUGGCGAGGAAGCAAGAAUAGACUCUAAAGGUGUGACCAAACGUUACCUGAGAAAUGUGACCAGUGAUGACAAAGACGUAGCAGAUGUGCGACCCAGUGAGACACGAAAGAUGGAGACCACGGAGGGGUCAAGAAGCCUAUCCAGAUUACCUUCCUCCUCAUCCUCUCUUACCAUGCAAAACGGGACGUCCCAGCCCAAUUCUGCUUCAACGCUUGGGCCUGCAAACAAGAACUUUGGGGAACUGAAGGAGCGAAGAAGUCUGGACUGGCAAGACAGCAAGUCGACUAACGGCACAGCAAGACGUGAGGAGUCAUUAAACAAGUACAACUCAGCCCUUACUGAAUUGCCACCCACCAAGUCCCAGGAUGGUUUCAACCUGCUGCUGCGUCGCCAUGGAGGCUCAAAGAGAAACUCGCUGCUCCGCUGGUGUCAGAGCCGAACCCAAGGCUACAAGAAUAUCGACAUUACCAACUUCAGCAGCAGCUGGGCUGAUGGUCUUGCUUUUUGUGCUGUCUACCACACCUACCUUCCCUCUCACAUCCCUUACAGCACUCUUGUUCCAGAGAAUAAAAAGGAGAAUCUCAGUCUGGCAUUUAGAACAGGAGAGACUGUAGGGAUUGCUCAGUCUCUGACUGUAGAGGAGAUGCUAAGGGCAGGCGGUCCUGACUGGCAGAGAGUCCUGAGCUACGUGGAGAGCAUGUAUCGUCACUUUGAGAUGUGACUGCGGGAGGCAAAGACGAGUCCAGAGUGGACACUAAAGGACUUUAAAGAGGGAAAUCCAAUGUUUUUAAUAAUAGUUCCAUGAAUACUAUCUUUUGGUGGAAAUAUAUGACAUUUAAAGCUACAGUUUGCAUCUUUCUGGCUUGAUUAAGUGCAGGAUCUCUUAGAAAUAACAGUAAACAAUGGCAAAAAGCCUGCAUAACCAAAGUACAGAAGCACAGAUGAUGUUCAGCUGUGCACAUUCUGGCCAUUUCCAUUUAUUUUUAAUGUAACUUAAGGGGAUGGUGGCUCAUGCAAUAAAAUGGGUUUAGUGCACUGUAUAUGCCAAGAGUAUCUACAGAAUGAUACAUACUUCUGGGAAGUGCAAAUAUAGAUUCAACCCAAGUAAGAAGGAAAAGGUAAGAAAGCAACACCACCAUUGCUUUUAAAAAAGAAAUUACAUAGUUUUAAAAAUAGUAAUGCUCAUCAAUCAAGUGCAAGUGAUUAAAAAGUGUCUAGCAGAGCCAUGUUAAUUUGCUGUAAAUGUCUCCACACUGAUAGUUCACUGGCAAAAAGUACUGUGUCACAUGUAAACCUGCCUGCAGUUCUUCACCUGCAUAUGGUUUUAACUGUCAAAACCAUUGCCUUUCACUUUUCUAUGAGAUGCCUUCAAAGGAGUCUGUAUUUUCUUGGAUCAUUUAGCACCCUGUAAAUAUGUACUUUUGCCAGCACUUUGUAGGAGUCGGGAUUUAACAGUGUAUAAAACAAAUGUCACAGAACUGCGGUAUUUAAAGGGCGGUAUUUAAAGGGCUCUGUGAAGGCGAGGCUGCAGUCUGCUGAGAAAUGACUUAUGGCUAGUCCAAGAUGAGAAUAGAUCAUCUGGUGAUGUCGUUCCAAAAGUGCCUUUAUGUAAUCACAAGUUGGCCAGCACUGUUUAGGUGCUUCAGGAUGUGAGCUGCAAGAAUUACCAUGAAGCAAAUGCAAAUGCAAGCCUAAACAAGUUUGUUUAUCCAGUUGCAACAUCAUCUGACCUCUUACCUGCAUCCUCACCGAUGCACAACUGGUACUGUUAGGGCAUGUUUAAUGCCGAGUUUGUUGCCAAAGCUGUGCAUGUCAAGUUAUGGACAUAAAUGCCUGACUGUAAAAUAUGUCGAUAUGUAACUAGUGUGAGAAAGUAUGCCAAAGCAAUAAACUGUUGAAAUGUU